UGGUGCUGGUGCAGCCACCUAGAUCCUCUGCUCUUCCUUCCAUCCUUCCCACCAUGGCUGACCAACUGACUGAAGAACAGAUUGCUGAAUUCAAGGAAGCCUUGUCCCUAUUUUACAAAAAAAGUGAUGGCACCAUCACAGCAAAAGAACUUGUCACUAUCAUGAGGUCCCUGGGUCAGAACCCAACAGAAACCAAAUUGCAGGAUAUGAUCCAUGAAGUGGAUGCUGAUGGUGAUGGCACCAUUGACUUCCCAGAAUUUUUGACUAUGAUGGCUAGAAAAAGGAAAGAUACAGAUGUUGAGGGAGAAAUCAAGGGGCCUUAUGUGGUAGAUAUGCAUGUUAUGACAAACUUAGGAGAAAAACUAAUAGAUGACGAAGUAGAUGAAAUCAUCGGAGAAGGAGAUAUUGAUGGAGGUGGACAAAUCAACUAUAAAGAAUUCAUACAGAUGAUGAGGACAAAAUAA